AAUAAUUAGAUUGUGCAACCCAAGCCACUCCCCAUCGUCCCGUUCAGCUCACGAAACAAGAGAGCAGAGAGGUGAGACCAGUCCGAAAAUCCAACCGGAGACUUCAAGAAAUGGAAGCCGCCGGCCCUCCAACGCAGCCGCCGGCGCCGCACCCAUUGGUGGCUCCGCUGUCGUUUCUGCUGGGCAAGUGGCGCGGCGAGGGCGAGGGGACCUUCCCCUCCAUCGUCCCGUUCCGCUACGGCGAGGAGAUCCUCUUCUCCCACCACCCUUCCAAGCCGGUGAUCUCGUACACGCAGAGGACGUGGAAGGCGGCGUCCGGCGACCCGAUGCACGCCGAGAGUGGGUACUGGCGGCCCCGCCCCGACGGCUCCGUCGAGGUGGUCAUCGCCCAGAGCACAGGCCUCACCGAGGUCCAGACAGGUUCAUAUGAUAGUGAAAAGAAAACAGUGACACUCCAAAGCGAACUUAUUGGCAAUGCAGCAAAGGUGAAGCAGAUCACGAGGGCUUUUCAGGUGGUGGAUGGGGAGCUCUCGUACGUCGUCCAGAUGGCAACAAUCACAAACAGUCUACAGCCACAUCUGAAAGCGCUUCUCAAGAGGAUCUGAGCAAUCUCCUUGGUUGGGAUUGCGGUAACAUACCGUAUCUGAAGCUCUAGAUUCUUUGGGAAACUUAAAGCUCAACUAAUAAGGAGCUUCUAUUUAUUAUUUGCGAGGACAUGAAAACCUAUCAUUUGCUGGAAUCUGAAGAUUAUUCAGGGCUUACAACAUUCCGUAUUAA